GCCUGACAGAAUUUUCAAUUGAUAAGAAUGGUGGAGAUUUGAUAUAAAAUGGGCGUGGUACGAUGGCAGGAAUUGCAGGUCCUCAGUUGAAGCCAUGUCCCAGCUCCUGUCCUGCGUUCUUCCUUCUGAGUACGAUCCUCGCCAGUGGAGCAAACGGAAACGGUGGACGAUAGCCCUCAUAAUUUGGAACCUCAUCGCUCCCAUUGAUAUCGCCAGCACGUUCUAUUCCGGAGUGCAAGGUCAGAUACAGGACGAGUUUGCCACAUCGAACACCGUUGCGACCUUAGGCGUGGGGCUAUACAAUCUUGGUGCUGUAUUUGGAGUCCUCUUCGGAGGACCGCUGAGUGAACUUUAUGGUCGUCGACCGGUGUAUAUCAUCUUAUCUACAUGUUUCGUUGUCUUUAGCCUCGGUUCAACGUUCUCGCCAAAUCUAUCCACUCUCUUGAUCUGCCGGGGUUUCAUGGGCCUGCUCGGAAGUCCCGUCUUCUCGAUCUACGGUGGCUCAGUGGCAGAUCUUUUUACACCUGAGGAGCGUGGUCCUGUGGUUGCGUUGUUUACACUCGUAUUACAGGGUGCCCCAACCAUCGGGCCUGUCCCGUCCUCUUCCCUCGGGCCAAUUUUUCCCUGGAGAUGGUUAUUCGGUUUUAUAACGAUCUGGGGUGGAGUUCUUGCUGCUGUCACAAUAUUGUUUGUUCCCGAGACCGAACCCACAACAAUUCGAAGGAAGAUAGCCGAAUCCAAAGGUGUCGUCCCCGAUAUCGGGGAAAUACAAUUCUCCAAGGCCAAGAUUUGGAGAAGAGCACUACUUACGCCGAUCACCAUGCUUCGUAACGAACCUAUUAUGAUCUGGACGACAUUGUACCACUCCUUUGUCUACGGGCUUUUAUUCCUUCUUGAGGCAUACCCGCACAUCUACGACUCUCAUUAUUCGAUGUCCCGAGAACAAACAGGCUUGGUCUUCGUUUCUCCAUUCAUUGGAAACGUACUUGGCGUUCUUAUAUACUUCGGGUAUCACAAACCGCAGUACGAGGCGCGCCAGCGCGUAAUCCAGAUCGAGUCGGGCGGUAAAUCAGAGAUCGAGCCCGAAGCUCGUCUACCCGGCGUUCUUCUUGCAUCACUUCUCACUCCUAUCGGAUUGUUCUGGUUGACGUUCUCGGCGCACCCGGACCUCUCGUUGUUCAACUAUUACAUUGACCUUUACCCAACGAUGUCCGCCUCCGCCAUUGCUGCAAACUCUGCCGUCCGGAAUAUUGCGGCGACUGUUCUGCCGAGUGUCGGGUUGCCAUUAUACACUUCUUUGGGUAUACGCAAUGCAAACGUGUUGUUGGCAUGCAUCAGCUGUAUAGGGCUCCCGACUGGUGUUAUUCUGUAUGUCUUCGGAAGAAGACUUCGUGCGGCGAGCAGAUGGGCGAAACAAGCCGCAGACGCUGGCUCGCUUUCGCAUCAAAGCGUCGAACCCUCUGCUCCUUUACUUGCCCAAUACCCUCAAAAUCAUUAUGGAGGGACGAGUUCCUCCGAUUAGAAGUGUCAUGAAUUAUGAUACUUAGUUACUUAUGUUUGACGCCCUUACGAGUCUGACAUGCCACAUCUAGACUGACUUAAAUCGUCAUCUCUUACGGUUCACCAAAAGAACAUCUCGUGCACUCCAUUACCACUGGUUCGGACACAUUUUGAUCACAUGUAUUCAGUACCUACAUGCCAAAUAUUUUACAGUUCAU